AUGGAUUACAUUAGCAUAGUAUUGCCGUUUUUGGCAACAUAUAUAAUAUCUGGGAGUCAAUCUGACAAUAAUUGUGAUGCACAACACGAAAUAAUGGAACAAUUUUUAACGGUCAGAAAUCUAGACACUGCUAUAUUAUACACGUGUUGGUCACUGUCAGAUCGAAUCAGAUAUAUGAAAAAAUUCAAUGAAAAAAAAAUAGCGGUCACACACCGCAAUAAAGAAGAUUUUUAUGGGGCUUUUAGUUUGGAUGAUUUGUUUAAAAUAACAGUGAAUUCUCCUUUACUAGGAAUAAUCAUAGAUUGGUCAUGUAAUGAUGAUCCAUUGUUCAAGUUUUCAGAAAGUUGGUUAUGGAACGCUAGCUAUCAUUGGCUAAUGGUGAUGAACAAAAAAUCAAAUAAUAAUAUUCAAAGUUUUUUAUCAGCAAAAAAAAUUAACCUCUCAAUCAGCAGUGAAAUUUUAUUAGCAUAUCCUAAUGAGAUGGAUGGCAUUAUUACUAAUUGGCAUAUUUUUGAUAUUUAUCGUACAGCUUUCGAACCAAGAGGAAAGCUAAUGAUUGAUGUAGUAAAUAAAACUUUUGGAAAAUGGGGAAAUCGAGUAUGGAAAUUUGAUAAAAGAUCAAAUUUAGGAAAUUUAACGUUAAACGUUGUUACUAUAGGAAACCCUUACGGUGCUUUGGCUAAGAAAAAUGGCACGGGUAUACGACCAUCUAGUGAAGAACUGGUCAAAUAUUUACAAACGUUUAAUUUGGAUCGAUUGAACUCUGUGCAAAAAUUUAGCUUUGCCAUAAUGUAUCCAUUGACGAAAAUUUUACUAAACAUCACAUUAAAUAUUCAAACGACAAAUUCAUGGGGUUACAAAAUUAAUAACAAAUGGGACGGAAUAGUUGGAAUGUUGAUAUCUGGAGAGGUCGAUUUUUCUAUAAGUUUAAAUGCACUGAGGUCUGAAAGAUAUGAUGUCGUCGAUUACUCUGCUAUUUCUACUUGGAAACAUUUGCCUUGCUUCAUCUUCCGUCAUCCUCGAUCGUCUACGGCGUCAACGAACAUAUUCUUGCGUCCAUUUGAAACGGCUGUUUGGUUUUCAAUAAUAUGUGUACUCAUAUUAUCUGGAUUUGUUUAUUGUAUAAUUAUGCAUUAUGAAUCGAAUCAAAUGUUCUCGUUGAGAGUAUUAAGUGAUAUUGUCCUACUAAAAAUUGGCACGUUAUGUCAACAAGGAACAGCCAUGGAACCUACAAAACUUAGCAAUAGGCUAAUUGUCCUUUUAAUGUUCGUAUUCAGUUUGGUUAUGUAUCAGUUUUACUCAUCGAGUAUUGUCUCUGGAUUAUUGCGUCCGACCGUUAUAAACAUCGAUUCAGUUCAAAAACUUGAAGAAAGCGGAUUGGACGUUGGCGUUGAAGAUUUCAACGUUGCUACUAAAGUGAUAGAAGUAUACGGGGAAAUCAAUCCGUACUUGAAAAAAAUUAUCGACAAUAAAAUUAAACCGAAAUCUGAGUAUCUGUUGGCUAAAGAUGGGGUGAAAAAAAUAAAAAAAGGUCACUAUGCGUUUUUCACCGAUCCGGCCACCAGUUAUUGGCUAAUAAACGACAUUUUCACUGAAAAGGAAAAAUGUGAUUUAAAGGAAUUGCCACUCCACAGACCGGAAACUACAGGUUACUUGGUUCGGAAGGAAUCUCCGUACAGAAAAUUGAUCAAUUAUGCAAAUUGUAUUUUACGGGAAACUGGUCUUAUGGAAAGGGAACUCCGUAUAUGGCAUGCUGAAAAACCGAAAUGCACAGCUGGGAAAACAACAACCGAAGAAUCUUUGGUUAGCGUAGAAAUUAAAGACGUUUCAUCACUCAUAGCUUUUCUGAUCAUCGGUUUUAUCAUUUCUUUCACAGUUUUAAUAUUGGAAAUAAUUGUACACCGCCAUAAAACAAAUACACCUAUUAUAAUAAAAAAAUAA